CCUCCUGGCCACCUUGCAUAUUCGGUUCACCCGCACCAACCGAGGCCGAAGACCCCACCACCACCACCACCACCACCACCAUUCCCCAGCUCGGCAGGCUCUUCAUCGCCCGCCCGCCCGCCGCGCCGGACGCGCCCCGAUCCAGAUCCAGGGGCUUAUCAUGGCAUCAAAUCGUAUCUUUAAGGACUUAAGGGACAUGCAAAAGGACCCUCCGACAUCAUGCGGUGCAGGUCCUGCUGGUGAGGAUAUGUUCCACUGGCAGGCAACCAUCAUGGGUCAUCCUGAUAGUCCAUAUGCUGGAGGUGUUUUCUUAGUGAACAUUCAUUUCCCUCCGGACUACCCCUUCAAGCCUCCAAAGGUAUCUUUUAAGACAAAGGUGUUCCAUCCGAAUAUCAAUAGCAAUGGGAGCAUAUGUCUAGACAUUCUUAUAGAGGAGCAGUGGCGCCCUGCUUUGACAAUCUCUAAGGUUUUGCUUUCUAUCUGCUCGCUGCUCACUGAUCCCAACCUAGAGGACCCUCUUGUCCCUGAGAUUGCUCACAUGUACAAGACAGACCGGCCUAAGUACUUGGCGACAGCCCGCAGCUGGACCCAGAAGUAUGCCAUGGGAUGUUCCUGCACAAAUGCAGACAAUUGUCACUCUGUUCAGCUGGCUGUGGCUGGUGGCUGGUGCUAAUUUGGUGUGAGAGGAAAGUACUACUGGCUGGCUGCGGCUGGUGGUUGGUGCUGAUUUGGUGUGAGAGAAAAACACUGUUAGCUGGUUGGCUGAGAAGCCAAGUGAACAGAGUGUGUGAUGUUACCCCAUAAACUCUUUCUGGGGCUGUUAUGUUAUUCCAUUCCUUGUGGUCUGUUUGCAUUUCUCCGAUCCAUCUAGGAUCGAGCCCUAGCCCAACAUCAACAUAUCUUUGUCGUCGAUAACGAGAUGACUUAUGCUUGUUGUGAUGACUAUGCUAGCGUUGAUGUUAUUUGGUAAA